CUCACAACUCACCGGGCUCAUCUGUGUGUCAGCAUUUCAGACAUCGUUAAGCGCUUUCGCGAAGCGACCUCAGCGCCGACGCCUUUUACAGAGCUGCUCCAGGACGCAAAGGUGGUGGACAUCCUUUCCGAAAGGAAGCCGCGACGCAACACUUCAAGCGGAUCCCGCGAGCGCAAUCCGAGCAAGGAGUACCUCGAUGACCACCGGGAGGUCAAGAGGAAGAACUCAGCGGCUUCAUUCAUCAGCCAGGUGUUCACUGAGGAGGACCGCCACCAGCGGCGUCGAGAUGCCGUCCUAAAGAACGCGCUUGAUCGACUGGAACUGGAGAUGCGGCGAGGCCAACAGGCUAUUUCUCGCGCGGAGUUGGCGGAGCGCAGAGCUGCGGAGGCGGAGGCUCGUGCACUCGCGACGGAGACCGCGACGCUCGGGGAUCGGCACCUGGAACAAGAGCUACACGCGCUUCGCAUGCAGGCUGAGGGUUUACACCAUGAACUUCGGCAGGCCCAGGAAAAGGCGCGAGUGUUGGAAAGACAGAAGGAAGAGGCCCAGGAGGCUGCGUCGAGAGCCCGGGAAGCGGCAAGGAAACACGAGACCGCUCUGAAAGAUUGGCAAGCCAAAGAUGACGCCAAGGAAGAAGGACGGCGAAUCGCAUUGCAGACAGAGUAUGAGAAUGGGAGGCGAGAGGGCUGGGAUGCGGCUCACGCCGAGGCGUUUGAGGAAGGUCACGAGAACGGGUUCGAAGAGGGUCGCGAGCAGGGAUUCCAGGCGGGUCGGAUAGACGGAUUCGAAGACGGGAGGCAAGUCGGCAGGCGUGAGGGCUUCGACGACGGAUACCAACAAGGCAGAAGAGAAGCCCGCGACGAGGCCCUCGUCGCCUUUGAUCGAUACAUGGACGAACAUGGCACCCCGGGUAGAGACAGUCCACGACCGGGUUGGAUACAUCGCCGCAUGCACGGGGAUACAGACAGGCGACAGUAA